AUGGCUCGAUUUGUUCCUCGGGAACGCAAGCACAGGAAACUGGCACGUACCAAAUCACCGUUUUCCAACACCAAAACAGACACCAACACCGAAGAACUACCGCUGCAGUCGCGCACAGAUCGAGAGGCGCGUCGAGAAGCGAUCCGAGAGCAGCUUCGAGCAGCCCAGCCCGAAUCUAAAGCCUCUUCGAAGAAGAGAAAGCGAUUGGACAAAUAUAUCGACACCAAACUCAAGAAGGAUGAGAACGCUGAGUUAUUAAAGAAGCUUGAGGCACAGAGGGUGGACACCAGUCUUCUCCGCAGCUCGAAGAAGCUAGGAAGGGUCACGGAGAGUAAGCGCGAGCGACUACACCGAGCUCUGCGUGAGAAGGAUGCGGGGUUGGAUGUGAAUGGGCAUAGCGAUGGCAUCCUUCUCGGAGAGAGGGCGGAGGCUAAGAGCUCUUCUAACGACGAAGAGCCUGCGCAGGGAGAGGCGGAUCUUCGAGAUGAGGUUGCACCCAUGUCAGAAGUCUCGAAAAGCACAACACCCGUGGCAGCACCAGCUCUCUUUGGAAGUGGGCUUAAACGCCCUCUCGAUUUAGGAGAAGAUGGGAAGCCACUCAUCCGCAAGCGCAAGCGACGGAAGAAGGCCAAGAUAGACUUCGUCCCGUCCGAAGAUGAUGCCAGCGACAUUACAGAGGAGUAUACCGAAAACGGUAUUAUUGAUGGUACGGACCAAGAGGAAGUGGCUUGGGAAGGGUUCAGCUCGGAGGAAGAGAAUGAGGAGGCAGAACAGGAUCUCACAGCACGGGAGUCUUCCGACGGCGACGACGAGAAGCUGGAAGACUACAGCGAUUCAGCCGACUCUGAGAACUCCUCAGCAGCCUCAGAUGAAGACAAGCCAGCACGGGUGUCGGCAUUCAAAGCUUGGGCAGACACCCAGCGCAACAAAGCGCUGGACUUCACACCCUCUACUGCUGCUACCAACGAUACCACCAUGCAGACGGCGAAAGCGAACUUCAAGCCUCGAGUGCCGUCUCCAGACCCCAUGCUCGAUCAAGUGGUAACGGCCUCGCAACCAACCACAAAGCCAGCUGUUGCGGUAGCCAUCUCGAGGACCAAAGCAGUUCAGCAGGCUCGAUUAGAACUGCCGGUAGUUCGAGAAGAGCAGAGGAUUAUGGAGACGAUCAACUCUCACCCGGUGUCGGUGGUUUGCGGUGCCACUGGGUCUGGCAAAACUACACAGGUGCCUCAAAUGCUGCUUGAGAAUGGCUACGGCACACUGGGUAUGAUCGGAGUCACGCAGCCUCGUCGAGUUGCGGCUACCAGUGUCGCCGCGCGUGUCUCGCAUGAGCUAGGGUCAGAAUACGGCAAAAAAGUGGCUCACCACGUCCGCUACGACACUUCAGUCAGAAAAGACACUGCGAUCAAGUUCAUGACGGACGGUAUAUUGCUACGAGAGAUACAGAAGGACUUUAUUCUUUCGAAGUACAGUGUUAUCGUUCUCGACGAAGCGCACGAACGCAGCGUCAACACUGAUCUGCUCAUCGGCAUGCUGUCUCGCAUCGUGCCUUUGCGAGCAGACCUAGUAAAGGAGAAGCCGGAGAAGCAUCGGCCACUGAAGCUCGUCAUCAUGUCUGCAACACUGUCACACGGCGUGGACUCAUUCUUGCAGAAUGGAAAGCUGUGGAACAGGAUUAGUGGACCUCCACCAGUUGUAGAAGCAGAAGGAAGGCAGUUUCCGGUCACUGUGCACUUCGCGCGGCGGACAAGAAGAGACUUUCUGAGUGAGGUGGUAGAGAAGGUCGCGCGAGGACACCGAAAGCUGCCUUCUGGCGGCAUGCUGGUGUUCUUGACUGGUCAGCAGGAGAUUGCCACUGUUUCGAAGCAGCUGCGUGAGAGAAUCGGUGGCAAAGGCGGGUUUGUUGCCGGUCCAUCCAACUCUGGAGACGCAGAUGAUUACGAGGACGGUGUUGGCACGAGAAGCAAGGACGACUUCCUCGAAGGCGAAGAGGAUCCCGGGUCUGACUCCGAAGCAGAGAUCAAACUCAAUGAAGACGAGAACGAGUUCGCAAUCGAAGACGCAGCGCUGCCGUUCGGUGGCGGAACCAGCAUGAAAGGUCCAUUGAAGCCGCACAUUCUUCCACUUUACGCAGCAUUGCCAGCAGCGCAACAGCUCAAGGUCUUCCAGCCAUCUUCGGAGGGCCACCGAGCGAUCAUUCUAGCAACAAACGUCGCAGAGACGUCACUCACCAUCCCAGGAGUACGCUACGUUUUCGACGCUGGUCGUGUCAAGGAGAAGAGAUACGACACCUCCACUGGCGUGCAAACCUUCGAAGUCGGCUGGAUUAGCAAGGCAUCGGCUGAACAACGAAAGGGUCGCGCAGGCCGUACCGGACCUGGGCACGUAUGGCGGCUAUAUAGCUCCGCCGUGUAUGAGGAGUUCUUCGCCGAAGAGACGGUGCCAGAAAUACUGCGGACGCCGCUGGAGAGCACGGUGCUCCUGCUGAAAUCUAUGGACAUCCAAAGCGUACUCACCUUUCCUUUUCCGACGCAGCCCGAACGACAUCAACUGGAGAUUGCCGAACGACUGCUUGUGAACUUAGGCGCGCUGGCCGGGAAGCCAGGCUCUGUUACCGACGUUGGCAAGGAGAUUAUCAAGCUCCCAGUCAGUCCGCGGUUCGGCAAGAUGCUCAUGCUUGCGCAAAGGAACGACGCGGUUGCCUGGGCGGCAGCAAUAGUGGCCGCUUUGGCGGUCGGAGAUUUGUUCAUUCCUGAGGCGCAGGCCAACUUCCAUGGCUUUGAUAAGUCUGUGGAUGGUCAGGAGAGCGAUGAGGACGUGCGAGCUCAACUGAAGGCCGAGGCGGCAGGGCGAGAUGCGUCGGAACAGCUACAUCAGCGAUAUACCCGAGCGCAAGCGAAACUGGCGCGAUGGGACGACCGGUCGGAUGUCCAGAAGACCUUGAUGGCUGUUGCGUUGCAUGCCGAAGCUCAAGACGCUGGACCACGAGGCACCGGAGUGGAUUCGCUGUGUCAGCAGUUCUUCUUGCGAGAGAAGAGCAUGGCGGAAGCGCAGAUGCUGCGACGACAGUUGCACGACCUCAUCGGUGGCCUAGAUCAGUAUGCCACGACUUUAUCGCUCCCAACCGAGAAGCAGAGAACGAUACUCAACCAGAUUGCUGCUUCCGGUUUCAUCGACCAGGUCGCCAUUCGGACAGACACACUAAAGGGCAGCACCGGCUUUGGACGAAACCCGAGCCGAGCUAUCGAGGUAGCGUACCGAACACUAUUCCCGUCUGCAGACGCUUCAACAGAAGACAAGAACGCCACUCCCGAAGAACAAGAACUCCACCGCGGAGUCUUCGUCCACCCCUCCAGCGUCCUCGCCAAGCUCAGCGUGAAGGAGAUGCCACAGUUCAUCGUCUACUCGCACCUCUCCCGCGCGACACCAUCGGACAUCUCGUCUACCAAGACCAAACGAACCCGAAUGCACCCACUGACUUCAAUCGGACCCAAAGCGCUCGCCGUGCUUGCUGAAGGGACGCCGUUGCUGCAGUUUGGCAAACCCAUAGGCAAGAUCGAAGACCUUCCACGUGGUGGAGACGGAAAGCAGCGGAGGCGGUGUUGGGUGGGUCUGGGUCUUAGAGCUCCCGGGGAUGCUUCUGCCGCCGAAUGGCCGCUUGGUGCUUGGAAGGUGGUGCAGAAGAGAGGGACGAGGGAUUGGGAGAUCGAGGAGGUUAUUGCGAGAUGA